AUGGCUCGAUACUCUCAACCGACCUUUGACUUCUACCAACAAUCGCCCGAAACGAAACCGGCCUUCUCCGAAGACGACGAGAUGAGCGUGCUUGACGACAAGAUCCUCGAUUCCACCACAUCACCUGAGAUCUCUUCCUCCGAUCGUCGCACUUCCUACGACAAUCUGACAGAUCCUUUCACACAUCAUCCUUCUCAUCAUCAUCCUCCUCCUUCUCAUCCUCAUCCUCACCAUCAUCGGGAGCCUGUCUGGCCUGAUUUUGCCCAGCCGGUCACUGGUCUCUCCUCGUCACGACAUCCUUCCGCUGUCUCUUCCUCCUCCCAUCAUCCCCAUCAUCAGGCCAUGUUAGAGUCGACCGCCCAUCCCUUCACCAUGCGUGUUGAUGGACCCCAGCAUCCCGCCGCCGCCUACGGGCAAUCUUCUACUGCAGCCUGGUCCUCGCUCGCUCGCGAUUCCAGCUCGUGUACCCCCACGGGCGUCAUGUAUGACCAUUUCUCUCCCGAGUUGGACCAACACAGCGCCAACGCCCCGUUUUCCGGCGGUGCCGUCGGCCCUGUCAGUGCUCUCCAGCUCUCGCACAUGUCCUAUCGCCCGGGGAUGCCCUCCUACACCGCCCCCGGUGCCGUCGCCAUGUCGCCGCAGUCCAGUCAGGGCUGGAUGCCCGCCUCGACCGAUCUCGCCGACGGCGUGGGACGUCCCACCAAGAGCCCCUCCUACCGGAACAGCUCGCCCUUGAGCCUGCGCCGUGACGGCAUUCGGAAGAAGAACGCUCGCUUCGAGAUCCCUGCCGAACGCACGCUGAGUAACAUCGACCAGCUGAUCAACCAGUCCACCAAUGAGGAGGAGAUCAAGGAACUCAAGCAGCAGAAGCGUCUGCUGCGGAACCGCCAGGCUGCCCUCGAUUCUCGGCAACGCAAGAAGCUUCAUACCGAGAAGCUGGAGGAGGAGAAGAAACAAUUUACGCAGAUCAUCAACGGGUUGGAAGAGGACCUGCGCAAUAUGCAGGUGCGCGAGACCGAGCUGUUGCGCGAGAAGAACGAGUGGAUGGGCACCCAGCAGCAGAUCAACCAGUAUCUCGAGAAUCUCCAUAUGGAAAAGGACGAGAUGAUCCGCGUGCACACGCUGGAGACCCUCGAGCUUCGCAAGAAGAACACUGCCCUCAUGGAGAUGGUCGAGAAGUUGGAGCAGCAGGUGAAGGCCGGCCCCGUGCAGCCCCCGACUGCCGCCCCCCCGAAUUCCUUCUCGAACGAGUUCUCGGAUCUGGAGGGUCUGAACAUGGAUGGUGGCUGGGAGGAACUGACCCUUGUCAACAACCUCUCGCUCGAUGCUGAUCCUAUGCCCGCUGCCGCCUCGCAGCAGGCAUCCGUCAAUGACAAGGUCGCCGCAGCCGCCGACUCCCCCUUCAGCUGGAAUGCGUUCUACAUGUGUCUGCUCUUCGGGGCCUUCAUUGCCUCUCACAACGGCCCUCUCUCCUCCCGCUCCAUCCCACAGCUGUCAGAAGAGUACCGCGCCGAAUCCGCCAACGUCCUCAAGGCCGUCCUCGCCUCGAGUCCUGCGGAGUUGACCCAGACUUCGUCCAACCCCUCGCUCAUGUCCGCCUCUGCCGGUGCCGGCGCCGGCGCUCCUGCCAUGCUGCCGACCACCAUCAGCGGGGCCGAGAUGGCUCAGAUGACGGCCGGUGCCGCCGUGUCCAACCUCGACGACCUGCACCACCGACUGGCGAUGCCAACCAAGGAGCAGGAGCAGCAGCAACUGUUUGCUCUGACUGCCGAGCAGUACAACUCCCUGACCACAUUUGAGAGCGGUGACAAUGGUGCCAGUGACUUCAAGCCCCAGCCACCUUCCAAUCUGCAGCAAGCCUGGGCCAACAUGCGCAGUAAUACCGCGCAGUGCCGUCAGCUUGCCAAAUCCAUCUCGGGCGUCCAUUCCCGCUCGCUCAUGUGGGAUCGCGUUCCCGAAAAGGUCAUCCAGGAUUUCCGCCGCAUGGUGCAGGAGUACGGCCCCGUUUCCGUCAAGGAAGAGGAUGGCCCCAGCUUCCGUCAGCCUUAG